AAAGUUAUAGCUUAGCAAGCAAUAUGAAUGGCCACUGACUCACUGAGUCAUUGACAUUCCCAAGCAAUGGCUUCGCUCUGUCUGAACUCGUGGCCCCUGUCUCCACCUUCCCAACCCCCCAAACUCUCAGAGGCUCCUUCUCCUUCUUCUAGUUCUCUCAACAUUAAUAGUUAUUAUGGCAGCAAAGGAGAAGCCUCAAAGCCCAUAGUUGUUAGUGGAAACCCACCCACCUUUGUUUCUGCUCCUGGUCGCCGAAUUGUCGCUGUUGGGGAUCUGCAUGGAGACCUUGACCAAACAAGAUGUGCACUUGAGAUGGCUGGUGUGCUGAGUCCUGAUGGUCAGGACUUAUGGACUGGUGGAGAAACGGUAUUGAUUCAGCUUGGGGAUAUACUUGAUCGAGGUGAAGAUGAAAUAGCCAUUUUGUCCUUGCUCCGAUCCUUGGAUAUACAGGCAAAAGAUGAAGGUGGAGCAGUUUUUCAGGUCAAUGGGAAUCAUGAGACUAUGAAUGUGGAAGGGGAUUUUAGAUACGUGGAAACUGGAGGAUUUGAUGAGUGUAUUGAUUUCCUGGAAUACUUGGAUGACAAUAGAGAUGACUGGGAAGAAGCUUUUGUUGGCUGGACUGGUGUCUCUAAACAGCUGAAGGAAGACAGGAAAAUGCCCCAAAAUUAUUGGGAUCCAUGGAAUCUAGUGAGGAGGCAAAAGGGUGUGAUUGCCAGAUCAAUCCUUCUAAGACCAGGUGGUCCAUUGGCAUGCGAGUUAGCACGGCAUGCUGUUGUUCUGAAGGUUAAUGACUGGGUCUUCUGUCAUGGUGGUCUUAUUCCUAACCAUGUUGCAUAUGGCGUAGAGAGGAUGAACAGGGAAGUAUCUCACUGGAUGAGAGGCCUCAGUGACAGUGAUGAGUCUGACAACCCUCACUUCCCUUUCAUAGCCACCAGGGGCUAUGACAGUGUAGUCUGGAACCGCUUAUACUCGAGAGAUACUUCAGAAUUAGAUGACUAUCACAACAACCAGAUACAUUCUAUUCUUGAAGAGACGCUACACGCAGUUGGUGCUAAGGCAAUGGUGGUGGGGCAUACUCCUCAAACUACAGGAGCAAAUUGUAAAUACAACUGCAGCAUAUGGCGGAUUGAUGUAGGUAUGUCCAGUGGAGUUCUUAAUUCAAGACCAGAGGUUCUUGAAAUCAAAGACAAUAAAGCAAGAGUUAUAAGAAGCAAAAAGGAUACGUCCAGUGAAUCUCAGGUUGUCGAUUUUAUAUAGAGACAAGCAAACUACUUCUUUCUAUGGCUCACAUUGUUUAUACAAAAGAAGAUAACUUCAACGACGAUAAAGGAGUAACACCAUUUUUGACCAUCUUAAGAGCAGAAGCAAACAGCGCAGAAAAAUAGAGGGAAAAGCAGCCUUUGUAUAUGAUACCCCCACACCAACUUUUUAUUCUUGCUCCAAGCGAAUUGAAUUUGGUUUUACUGUAAGAUUAAAAAUGAACGAUAGCUGCAUAUAUUGUUACUUUAACCAGGGAUUUGGAGAUGUAAUAUAGUUAUUAUUUCCAUUGUUAACACA